UGAUACCUUGAAAAAAAACUGAAGUUUUCUGUUUGGCAAGUGCCAACUGGUUGCACCCGCAAGCUUCUCGCCUUUGACAAUGGACAAUGCUAAAGUGCGAUAUCCCUAGUCAACAUCAGAUCCUCUCUGGAUGGUUGAAGUUAAAUUUUAUGUCCGCGAAUGCGGUAGAUUCUCGUCGAAUUCUCUGCAGAUACUUCGCUAACGGUUGCUGUAACUUAGGCGACCGCUGCUCUUACUCGCAUGAUCGGAGUAAGCCACCCGACAAUGUGUGUCGCUACUAUCUGAGUGGCAAUUGCUGCUACGGUGCUGGCUGUAGAUAUGAUCACAUUAGGCCCAAGAAGAAUGGCGAAACUAAUUCAGGAUGUGCCAGUGAAUCUACAAAAAAAUCUGCGAAGAUACCAAAGCCUGCAAAACUGCCCAAACCAGGCUUGAACGCCGAUGCCGCUGAAUUUGUUCCAUCCUGGAAAAAAUCAGGAAAGUCUGGUGUAUCCUAUGCAGUCGCAGCAGGUUCAAGCGAAAGCGAGCCUCAGUUACCGCUUUGUCCUUACUUCGAAAUGGGCGAAUGUACGAAUGACAAAUGCCAGUUUGUUCAUGGCCUUGUAUGCGACAUGUGCCUGCGUGCCUGUAUCCAUCCAUAUGAUGAGAAACAGCAGAAGCAACAUUUUGCGGAGUGUCUGCAACAGCAUGAGAUGGCUAUGGAACAAGCUUUUGCAGAGGCAAAAGGUAAGGAGAAGUGUUGUGGUAUAUGCAUGGAAAACAUCAUGGAAAAGUCUUUGCGAUUUGGAAUACUGGAGAAUUGUCGCCAUUGCUUUUGCUUGGAAUGUAUCCGAGAAUGGAGACGAAAUCAGGCUUUCGAUACCGAUGUUGUCAGAUCCUGUCCGGAAUGCCGACAGCAUAGCAACUUCGUGAUUCCAUCUAUCUUAUGGGUCGAAGAUGACGAAGAGAAAAAGAUUUUAUGCGAAGUGUAUCGAACUAAUAUGGCUCAAAAGCAGUGCAAAUACUAUAAGGAAGGAUCUUCUGGAGAAGGUUGUCCGUUUGGGAAUAAAUGCUUCUACAAGCACCAGCUUCCGGACGGUUCCAUUGACCCUGGUGAAGCACCUCAUGCAAGACGGAAGCCAUAUUUAUCAGAUUUCAUAUUCCGCAGAGAUGACACCGAUGAUGCCGAUAGGGAUGAACGAGAUCAGGACGAUUUGAUGCAAACCGUAAAUGAUUUCAUAACGCAAAUCCGUGCUAUUCUUGCUGAACGGAAUUCCAAACGAUAUUGCGGGCACAAUACCUAUGCUUGGGCGGCGAAAGGAAACAGAAUAAAAGACAGAUUAAAGAUGUACGCACGCGUUUUGGACGAACGGCAGAUUGCAAGAGAUCUUAUUGAUGCAAUUCGCUCAACCACAGAUGCUCCGCUCAAUUCAUGCAUCGAAGCUGCUAGGAACUGCUUGGCAGUUAUGGCACCAUUCGUUCAGGUCGAGUCGUUUCAGCGAAUUCAAGAGGCAGUUAAAGAUUAUACUGUGCAAGUAGAUGACUGUUAUGAUUACAGACUUCUUUCUGAGAUGCAAGAACGUCUGACGCCAUUGUUCAAAGAAAAAUACGAACUGAGCUUCUCAAGUGAACAAGAUGACGAAGAGCUACUUAUGUAUCUUGGAUUGUUUGUUUCCUGUGUGCAAAAAACUGACCCACGAGUGGUCAAGCACCUGAUCUCGUUAGAUGAUUAUGAGUGGAUGGAUCACCUUAUCAAUAUUUAUCAAAUGGAUCAAAACGAUGCUGUUCGAUUAGCUAGUUUGAAAUGUAUAGUCUCACUGGUAGAUGUGUGCUCGGAUCUCAUCACAUAUAUUCUCAACUCGCGGCUGCCAGAAGUUGUUGCAGUACAGUUCCAAUCUCGCGACACAGUACUUUCGGAACUAGAUCUGACAGCUAUACGAUUACUAAUCCUAACGUAUUCUAGUGGGGAGGUGCCACCACUUCACCAUUUCGAACUUUUCGACGCACAUGUUUUUGUAAAGUUGCUAUCGCACAUACAUGAAUACCCCAAUGAAAUAAUGGAAUUCAUUGUGAACUUCAACGGGGUGACAAAUUCGCAACAAAAGAGCGCCGUUAUUGCUGCUCUUCAAAUGAAUCCAUGCCCACAGCUAGGACAAUUAUUAGUGAAAGCAAUAAACGAUCAAACAACUGAGAGACGUCUGAAACUCCUCAGCGAUAUCAUUGAAGAUCAAGGGGAUGAAGAUAAUUUAUAUAGUCAGCUCUUCUAUAGUAAUGAUCUACACGUACUAUCAAACAUUUUAGCAAGGGAGUUAACUGACUGCGAAGAUAUUAAGAUCAGAUCCCAGUGUAUGAAGUGCAUCCGUCGAUUAGCUCAGAUAGGACACUGUAGCGAAACAGCUCAAGAAGCAGUACUCAACAGUGACUUUGACAACAAUCUACGUUUAGAUACCUUGAAUGUGAUUCAAAAGAACAAACAAAGUUGACGAAUGAAUAGUCAGAUUCUUGUGAC